UUGUGCACAUGUUAUCACGACGCGGAGUUGUACGUUGUACUCUUAUCGCGCGCAACCCACCAGAUACAACAGGUCUGUUGUAAUAAAAACAAUGAUGCUAUAGACAUGGUUGACCGACACUUUCAGACUAUCGACCCAGAAGACAUAAAAUCAAGGCCAAGAUGGGGAAGUCUGGCUAACGAGCGAACUCUAUUAGAAAUACUGGAAAGGGAUCACUCGGCACUACAGCCAACAUCACUCACUUUAGCAGCCGUUAACUCAAAUAUCUAUGCUAGAAGACAUUCUGCACAUGCCUACUCCAUUUCAGAAGAAAAUGCGAAACAUCCAGCAUCAAUUCAGGCUUCAAUUUCCAUACGUCCACCACCAGUACCAAAAAGAAAUUUGCCUGUUACUACAAAUACAACUAACCAGGUGAAAGUAGUGGCACAUGUUAAGUCAGCAGAGCCUCCACCACUUCCUCCAACCCCAAAAUGUCGUGCACUACCCACUAUAUUUUCUGAAAACAAACCCAAACCACCUGCUCGUCAUAUUUCAAAUGAGAUCAGUAACAUCAAUCGACGACUUGAUUUCAAUAGAAACUCCUGCCCCAAACAAAACUGUAAAUCAUCUACAUAUAAGUUGCCGCCAGUACCUAUAGGACCUCCCCCUCCCGCACCCGGAUCUAAAUGUCAUAGAACUAAUAACUCAACAAACAAAGCUCAAGGCCAGCAUUCCCAAGGGAAAGUAUCCAUAAGACAAGAUUCUAGUAUAUCAAGCGAUAGUUUCAGUCAAACUUCAUCUCCAAGUUAUACAACAAAAACAAUGGAAACUCCUCUACUGCCCCCAAAAACUCCCGUGAAAGAAAAUGGUGUUCACAUAUCAAAGGCGAAAACUCCGGAAGAUGACCCAAAUGGAAAUCCUAUGAUUACUAAAAGUGCAUCAACACCCGCAAGUCUACAAACUAUCGUCAGAUUCCACAAUGGUUCCAACAUGUCUCUUCAUCACAGGAUAAUUAGAGAUAUGCGACGACCUUCGUCAAUGUACACCAAUAGAUUAAAGUUCAGAUUUGCGCAGUUGGUCAUUAACGCUGUAGCACUUUUCGCUAUCGGAGCUGGAAUGGCUGCUUACUUCAAAGCCUACCCUACUUCAGUUAAAGUAGUUAAUAAAUCUUUAAACGUAACAACUAAUCCGAUAAUAGUAGAAAAGAAGAGUGAAAAUCCAGCUCCUGGUAUAUGCUUGCCAGUCAUAGUACAGUUUUGUAAACAGCAUAGGAUACCGUACAAUUUCACAGUUUUCCCAAACUAUAUUGGUCAUUUUGGACAAAGGGAUGCAGAACAAGAGUUGGAAGUGUACGAUGCUGUGGUCGACGUGAAAUGCUAUGAUUUGGCAGCACUGUUCCUCUGUUCCUUAUUUGUUCCAAAGUGUGGGCCAACAGGAGGGGUUGUUAGGCCUUGUAGAAGCUUAUGCCUCGAAACGAAAAGGCGAUGUGGCUUUUUCUUGGAUGUAUUUGGUUUAGCGCUACCCGACUACCUUGACUGCGAAUUAUUUCCAGAAUCUGUCAAUCCUAGUCAAUGUGUAGGGCAUCAUGAAGUUAAGUUAUCUAAACUACAAGCUGCUAAACCUGUAUGCGAUUUCGGAUUCCAGUGUGACGUAAAGCGUUGCAUUCCAAAAGACUGGCAAUGUGAUGGCCAUGUGGACUGUAAAGAUCAAUCUGAUGAAUUGGAGUGUCACAAAUGUGGUGCAGGUAUGAUCAAUUGUGGAGCUGAUAAAUGUAUCACGCAGGAACAUCUGUGCGAUGGUAAAGUCGACUGCCCUUGGGGACAGGAUGAGAGGAAUUGCCUUAGGCUGAGUGAACGAAAUGGAGAUGAAGGAAAAGGCCAAUUAGAAGUUUAUCGACCAAAUCAAGAAAAAUGGGUGCCAGCAUGUGUAGUCCACUGGGAUGAUAGAACGUCUGCCAAAACCAUAUGUUCGCUACUCGGAUAUUCGAAGGCGAAUUAUAGUCGUCUAUUACAGGGAGUGGAUAUUCAAUCUCCUAUUAUUCACGAGACUACAGCAAUUUGGAGAUUUAAUCAACAUAAACGUCCUAAGAAUUUAAUCAGAGAAUUUGGAGCUUGUCCAGAAAAGAAUUAUCCAACCGUGCAUCUAUCUUGUACCAACUAUGCAUGUGGUAGAGUUCGUAAAACAUACGACGCUUCUGACAACAAUAAAAAGAAACAUGAACAACGACAAAAUAGAAUCGUGGGUGGAGUUAGAUCCAAGCCAGGUGAUUGGCCUUUUUUGGCAGCGCUCCUCGGUGGGCCAGAAGAAAUAUUUUACUGUGCGGGAGUGCUAAUUGCUGAUCAAUGGGUUCUCACAGCAUCACAUUGUGUGGGAAAUCAUUCAGACGUAUCUGGUUGGACGAUUCAGUUAGGCAUAACGAGAAGACACGCACAUUCUUUUUAUGGACAAAAAAUGAAAGUCAAACGUGUGGUUCCACAUCCUAUGUACAAUAUCGGAGUUGCUCAUGAUAAUGAUGUUGCACUUUUCCAGCUUUCCAAUAGAGUGACAUUUCACGAACAUCUUUCCCCUGUCUGUCUACCUCCAGCUGAUAAAGACCUUAAGCCAGGAACUAAGUGUACAGUAAUUGGUUGGGGCAAAAAGGAAGACACCGGAUUAUCCGAAUAUGAGCCAGAAAUCAACGAAGUAGUGGUCCCGGUAUUAAAUAGAGACCUUUGUAACGCAUGGCUAGAAAAUAGGGAUUUGAAUGUUACCGAAGGAAUGAUUUGUGCGGGAUAUAAGGAAGGAGGCAAAGAUGCUUGUCAGGGCGACUCAGGAGGACCGUUAUUAUGCCAUGAUACUGAAAAUGGGGACUCAGAAACAUGGUUUGUUGGAGGAAUUGUGAGUUGGGGUAUCAAAUGCGCUCAUCCUCACCUUCCAGGGGUAUAUGCGUACGUUCCGAGGUAUAUAAAAUGGAUAGAACAACAGAUAACAAAGUAUUCCGGAGAUUAGAAUGAAAAAUUAAUAGAAAUUAUGAGUUUGAUAUCGACAAUAAUGAAACAAUAUUGAAUGGUACAAAUUAUACAAGGUAACCUAUAUGAUUUUCUAUGGCAAUUUACAAACAAAGAGGAAAACUUUGUUAAACCUCGUGGUAUAGCUGAAUUUCUUCCUGUCAUCAUUACUUAUACUUCAAUACCAGAACUACGCACAAUAUCUAUUGAUUGAUUGAUUGAUCCUUUUUAGUGAUAUCUUGUGACAAUUCACACCUAGUGUUCGAGCGGACCGCCACAUGUGAUUUGAAUUAUACAGUUGUAAAAUUUACACAAAUUGUGACAUAUUUUAAAAACUAACUUUCACCGUUGCAUAUCCCUUAAGAUUACCAGAAUUUUUAUUAAGCUUCAUUCUAAGAGAUACUGUUACUGAUACUGUUACACAUCAUAUUUAAUAUAUAUUUCUUUAACUUACCCAAGAUUAUUUGAAUAUAAAUCAACAAUAAAGAAGUUAUUCCUCGCUUGUAUCAUUGUGUAGCAAACGCGAGAUUCAUGAGAAAAAGAAAAUUGCAAAAUGAAGGCAUGUUAGUUAACAUAAUAUAUCAGCUCGUGUGAUACAAAAAAAUAAAAAAAAGAUCUCAGAUAUUGUGAAGUUAGUAAAAUCAGUGCAUCAAAUGUAAUAUUUCAUUGAAUAUGGGACAUUUGCUUAGUACAAAAAAUUACCUAAGAAAAUAAAUACAAUUAAGGUGAAUUAAAACUGACUUGAGUUGUUCUACCUAUAUAUAUUAAAUUUUUCUGAAAACGAAUAGAUAUUUGUCUCUAAACUACAGUCACUUUUUAAAAUUUCAAUACCUUCAAACAACGAUUUCUUGUUUCAUACAUUUUACAUUAUUUAUACUUAUUGCAUGAUUAUGUUUGGCAUCGUGUUCAUCAAUUCCCAAUUUUUCUGUCCGUCCAUAUUUUAAAUAAAAUAGAGAUUCUUUAAAUCGAACAUUAACAGUUAAUACAAUAAUAACAGUAAUAACAAUAAAACAGGUAAUUUUGUAUAUUCUAUUCUUUUCAAUACCAGUAUUUUAUUGUCAAAAUUACCUAACAAUUGUUCUAAAGAUUGUUCGAUGUACAAACUUCAAACCUACUAUGUUGAAACAUUCCAAAAUUCUUUUGUAAAGCAGGUUCAAAAAAUACUGGAGCUGUUUUUCAUUAAGCUUUUUCAAAAAUUUAAAUAACAAUGGAAAAUAUGUCGGGCAAACCAGGAGGUCCAGUGUAAGGAGCACAUAGACAUUUUAAAACAUGAAUCGACAGAAAAACGGUUUAUUGGCGGAAUAAUUUUGUAUACAUAAGUAAGGUAAAUUAAGUAAGUCUUAGAAUACCUUCGGUCUCGGAGACAUACGCGUUAGAUAGUGUGUGAUUUUUUUAGUAGUGGCAGUAAGCAGUAUGUUUAGUAUUAAAGUUUGAAAUUAAAUUACAGAUAUUUGUUGAUGUUUUCCGAAAUGCGCAAAUUCUAUAUCUUCAGCAAAUUUGAUAUCGGAAAAGUUUCCCUUAUAGUGCCUAUUUUGAUAAUAACUAUCAGAUAGUAUUCUAUUUAAACAUUUUGAUUACAAAUUAGUCUUAAAAAAUCAUAAAAUAAUACAAUAAUGCGAUUAGUUAUUAUCAAAAUUUUGCAUUAGAAAAUUUUUGUCUUAAUUUGUGGGAAAUUUCGUGAUUUGUUUAAUGCAUAUAUCCGCGAAGUAUGUACGAAGUGAAAAAAAAAUCACUAAUUUCUUUUGUAUCGAAAAUUUCUUCGACCAUUCUCUAUUUUCUUUUAAUAGAUUAUUCAAUAAAGAUUGAAACUUUUUCCACGCGCUAUUUUCAAAUAUCCAAAAUUCCAACUUCUUUUUCCUCUACUGCCUUGCACCUACAGUGCGAUGGCGAUUUUCUUAUGGUCAGACAUCUUUUAUAGCGGCAUGACACAGCUUUCCGGUGUUAUUUAUGCCAGUCCAGUGUUUUAUAUUGCGUAGCCUUGACAUUUGUUUUCGGCCUACGCCUCUCUUUCCUUCGAUCUUUCCUUGUAGGAUUCAUUGGGGUAUUGUAUAUCUUUCUCCUCUAAGAACGUGAUCCAAAUAUUCAACCUUGCUCAAGUUGAGCAACUCUCUCUUAGUCCCCGCUCUUCUUAGUACAUCGUCGUUCCUCACUCUGUCUGUCCAUGAUGUACGCAACAUUCUUCGAAGGUUCCACUUUUCGAAGGCUUCUAGUUUAUUGAUAGACGAUAUCUUUAAUGUCCAUGUUUCCGUGCCGUACAGUUAAAUUCACCAUUCUAUACCGAAGGUCAAUGGAGAGAUUACGGUUACACAACAUCGGUUUAAAUUUAAUUAAUGCCUGUCUUGCGUGUUCAAUGCGGCAUUUAAUGUCUUGCUAAGGGACCCAUUUCUCAUUUAUGGUUAUACCUAGAUAUUUAAACGUCUGCACUUGUGCGUUUUAUCUAAGUAUAUGCAGUUGGGCACACAAAUGCAUUUCUACUUAUUGCCAUGCACUUGGUUUUUGUUGCAUUUAUUUUUAAGCCAUAUGAUCUCCCAAUAUUAUUUAUUUUAUCUAGUAAUGAUUGCAUCUCGAGUACGUUGUCUAUGAGUAUUGCCGUAUCGUCCGCAUAGCGAAUAUUAUUCAGCGGGUAUCCAUUAACUUUAACACCAUAACCGAGCCCUCAGGAGCCUCGGUAAAGACAUUAUCUAAAUAGAAGUUGAACAGCAUAGGAGACAAAAUACACCCCUGGCGUACCCCUCUUAAAACUUAGAACUCUUCUGUGUUGAUUGUCUGAUUCAUCCUAACCCGUGCUUUCUAGUUCCAAUAGAGAUUUUGAAUAAUUCUUAAAUCUCUGCUAUCAAUGUUUGCGCUCUGCAGCGUUUUUAUCAUAGUUUCAUGCUUGACGGUAUCAAACGCCUUCCUGUAGUCGAUGAAUAUGAUGUAACCGUCUUUUCGUUGGUCAAUGCAGUUUGGAACCAGGGUAUUUAAGCAGCAAACUGCUUCGCGUUUACCCAUAUCGCUUUUGAAACCAAAGUGGGUCACUCCAUUUAGUUCUUCUAACUUUCUGAACAUCUUGUGUGGGGGUUACGGAGGAAUAACUUGAGCAUAUGACUUAUUAAACUAAUCAGUCGAUGAUAUUUGCAUUUUACCGCUUUUGAUGUUAUUAUAAAAGUUGAGUAGAGCCAAUCGUUUGAAAUGUGACUUGUGCUAUGGAUGUCAUUGAAAAGGUUUUCUAACAUGUCAAUGUUAUGGUCUUCGAACAGCUUUAUAGCCUCGGUGGGAAUGUCAUCUUGGCCAGUUCCUCCUGGGUAUUUUUUAGACGGGUGGUACAAGCGAGAUCUCUUUAGCCUUUUUGUGUAGGUCUAAACUGUCGCACCUCGUUUGUAAGAGCUCUACUUCUUCGCAAUUCUUAUUAUUCUUACUACCCAAACCAAAAUCUCCAACUACGUUUUCACAUCGGCCUCUACCAACCUUGGCAUUAAAAUCGCCCAUUAUUAAGUUGAUAUCGUUCUUUGUGAGUUUUAAUGCCUGGUUUAUUUUACUAUAGAACUGUAAGGCUUCACUUUUUGCUUUUUCUACCGUGAGCGCAUAAAAUUGUAUCAAGUUGAUGUUCAGUGGUUAGCCCGCCAAUCUAACUAUCAUCACUCGGUUCGAAACUGGUAUAAAAUCUAUAACAGAGGGCACAAUUCCAUUUUCAAACACCAGUGCAACGCCAUGUCGGUGAUGAUUAUCGGUGAUAUCGCUGCAGGAAUAAUACACUGUAAAUUUAUCCUUGGGGAAAGUACCUGAUCCUGACUAUCUCAUUUCACUUAUAACCAUUACAUUCACUUGUAACCGUUGCAUUUCCUUUAUAAGAUUGUGCAACUUUCCUAUACACAAACCAUUUACAUUCCAUGUUGCCACUUUUUGAAUAACAUCUUGCAGUCAACCCUUAGGAUUCUUAGCACCCUCGGACCAUCUAAGGUCUGCCCGAGACUGAGAGUCGUUACUUUCUUUUUGUCCGACAUGUUUAAGAUAAUUAUCCUGGGGAUAUACGGCGAAAUGUUGUAUUGUCCC